AAUCGCGAUUCAGAGUGGAAAAGCAACGCGUCGCCAGCGGAUGACAGUCAGGGAAAAGCGAGAAAACGCGCGCGUCUCCAAUACACAACGAAACGGUGAACCAGUCGCGCUAAAUACAAAAACACAGAUCCGGUCAAGUCUCCACUGCACUCCCUCCAUCCCAUCCCCUACCGCCACAUUGGCAGGAGUCCGAGUUGUGACGCGCAGCAUAAGCAACAGUUGGAAGCAGAUGCACAGAAGCGGGCUAUCAAUUGGAUAAGUGACAUAGACAUAGACGGAUAGAUAUAUCCCCCAGAUAGCGCGAGUUUACGAAGUUCGCGAAGAUCUAAGAGACUUUCCGAUUGUGUUCAUUCGAUUAAGUGGAAAUGCCGGAUAAGGAAGAGACCCCCUCGUUCUUGAAGCGCGCCGGCACCGACAAGCUGCGCGAGGUCUUCCUCAAGUACGCCUCUCUGCAACGGGAUGGGGAGCACUACAUGACCAGCGAGGACUUUGUCCGUCGUUUCCUCGGACUCUUCUCGGAGGCUGCAUUUAAUGACGAUUCGGUACGCCUGCUGGCGGGCAUCGCGGACACAAGCAAGGAUGGACUCAUCUCGUUCUCGGAGUUCCAGGCAUUCGAGGGCCUGCUCUGCACCCCGGACGCACUCUACAGGACCGCCUUCCAGCUGUUUGACCGCCAGGGCAACGGAAACGUCUCCUAUGCCGACUUUGCUGAAGUCGUACAAAAAACCGAACUGCACUCAAAGAUACCGUUCAGCCUGGACGGACCCUUCAUCAAGCGCUACUUUGGUGAUAAGAAGCAACGCCUCAUCAACUAUGCUGAAUUCACGCAACUGCUGCACGACUUCCACGAAGAGCACGCCAUGGAGGCAUUCCGCAGCAAGGAUCCAGCUGGCACUGGAUUUAUUUCCCCCCUAGACUUCCAGGACAUCAUAGUUAAGGUCAAGCGGCAUUUACUCACACCCGACGUCAAGGACAACCUGGUGGCGGUCACUGAGGGUCACAAAGUGAGCUUCCCCUACUUCAUCGCAUUUACCUCGCUGCUGAACAACAUGGAGCUGAUCAAGCAGGUAUACCUGCAGGCCACGCAAGGCAACCGAUCCGAGCCCGUCACCAAGGACCAGCUCCUGUACGCGGCCCAGACGAUGAGUCAGAUCACGCCUCUGGAGAUAGACAUUCUCUUCCAGCUGACGGGGACCGUCCAGCAGACGGGGCGAAUCGACUAUAGCGACCUCAGCAACAUUGCGCCCGAGCACUAUACCAAGCAUAUCACACAUCGCCUCGCCGAGAUCAAGGCCGUAGAGAGCCCCGCCGACCGCUCGGCCUUCAUCCAGGUGCUGGAGAGCUCCUACCGCUUCACCCUCGGCUCCUUUGCUGGAGCUGUGGGGGCUACUGUGGUCUACCCCAUCGAUCUUGUGAAGACGCGCAUGCAGAACCAGCGGGCUGGCUCCUACAUCGGGGAGGUGGCCUAUAGGAACUCCUGGGACUGCUUCAAGAAGGUCAUUCGUCACGAGGGCGCGUUGGGUCUGUAUCGAGGCUUGCUGCCCCAGCUGAUGGGUGUGGCACCGGAGAAGGCCAUCAAGCUGACGGUGAACGAUCUGGUGCGCGACAAGCUCACGGACAAUCGGGGCAACAUCCCGCUGUGGUCCGAGAUCCUUGCUGGAGGCUGUGCGGGUGCCUCCCAAGUGGUGUUCACCAAUCCGCUGGAGAUCGUCAAGAUCCGGCUGCAGGUGGCGGGUGAGAUAGCCAGCGGCAACAAGAUUCGUGCCUGGUCUGUGGUCCGGGAGCUGGGUCUCUUCGGCCUUUACAAAGGAGCCCGUGCCUGUCUGCUGCGCGAUGUACCCUUCUCGGCCAUCUACUUCCCAACUUACGCCCACACCAAGGCUAUGAUGGCCGACAAGAAUGGCUAUAACCACCCGCUGACCCUGCUGGCCGCCGGAGCCAUUGCUGGAGUUCCCGCCGCCUCGCUGGUCACGCCCGCUGAUGUGAUCAAGACGCGCCUGCAGGUGGUUGCUCGGUCCGGUCAGACGACCUACACGGGCGUCUGGGAUGCCACCAAGAAGAUCAUGGCCGAGGAAGGUCCCCGUGCGUUCUGGAAGGGCACAGCAGCUCGUGUCUUCCGGUCGUCGCCACAGUUCGGCGUCACCCUUGUCACCUACGAGCUGAUGCAGCGCCUCUUUUACGUAGACUUUGGCGGCACCCAGCCCCGAGGAUCCGAGUUGCUUAAGCCCGCCACUUCGCUAGAGAGUGCUGCAACACAGGACCACAUCGGAGGCUACAAGGCGGCAGUGCCUCUCCUGGCCGGCGUCGAGUCCAAGUUCGGCCUGUACCUGCCGCGUUUCGGUCGUGGAGCCGCCGCUGCCACGCCCGGCACAACGACUGCCUCCUGAUUGUACUUGCGCCAUCGCCUGCCCAGCGCCCCAUAGUCCAAGAGUUGUCCCGCAGGAUUGGGGGGAUCCGAGCGAGCAGUGGUGCACAGUUAGAAAAAAGAGCAUAUAUUUUUUGCUAGGACGCGUUUACACACACAUACACACACACACACAGAGAAGCACUGAAGAUUUUUCUAACGUUUAGGCGGGGAAGAUCGAACCGGAGAUCGUCCGAAUAUAUAGUACUAUUGUAUCUGAAAAACGGGAGCGAAAAACUGCCCUUGUGGCAGUCGACUCUUAACAACUGUUUUUACGUACACGCAAACCAAAAGAAAAAGAAAACCAUAGGAAAAUGUAUGUAUAUUAAAGAUUUUAUAGGGAGACUCUAUUUAGGAAAGUGUAGAACUGUUUUUUGUAAACUUUGUUAACUAGUUAAAAAAUCUAGAGCCACUAAAUUACCUACCAAUUACCAACCCAAUCACUGAACGUCAACUUUUGCACUCAAUGGAACUUUUAAAGCGUAAUCCUUCUAAUCUUAAUACGAAUUUGUUCAAAACAACUAUCAAGCAAAGGAAAUGCAAUGAAUGACCUCUUAGCUAAUAAAGAAUAAACCAAUAAACUUUAUGUUGAAAACAAAA